AUGGCUGAGAUACGGUUUAGAGUCCGUGGCCCGGGCUGGGUCGAGACGGUCACAGCAACACCAGACUGGACGAUCCAGAAGCUACUAGACCACCUGAGGGAGAAGCAGGGCGCCCAACCGUCAGCCCUGAAGUACGGCUACCCCCUCAAGAACAUUGAUCUCAGCAACACAAACGCAACGAUCGAGCCCCUGAACUUGAAAGGCGAGGCCAUCACCUUCGUGCCAAAGGAGGAGGCCGCGGCGCCCGAGGUGCCCACGGCCACGAAACCAGACUUCAAGCCAAAGGCGGUGGAGCCCGACCACACGGUCAUAGAGUGGCCCGAGAAGGACGGCUUCCUCGCGCUGCGAGUGAUGCCCGACGACAACUCGUGCAUGUUCACGGCGUUCGGUGGUGUCCUGCAGAGGGCGGAUCCGGCGCCGACGCUGCGGAGGGAGGUGGGCGAGUACAUCCUGGCGCACCCGGACAAGUUCAACAGUGUCGUGUUGGAGAUGGAGCCGCAGCGGUACGCGCAGAAGAUGCUCUCCCCGCAGGUUUGGGGCGGCGCCAUCGAGCUGUCCAUCCUGUCAGACAUCUACGACAUCGAGAUCUGCUCCGUGGACGUCAAGUCACAACGCGUAGACCGUUUCGGCGAGGGGAAAGCGACCCGCUGCCUCCUGCUCUUCUCGGGAAUCCACUACGACCGCAUAGCCUUCACCAUGGACCUUAGCCUGCCGGUGGACUUUGACGAAACGAAGUGGGACACGGGCAACGAUGCCGUGGUCGAAAUGGCGCAGCGGCUUGCAAGGCAGCUCAAGGAUGCGCACUACUACACCGACACCACCGACUUCGUCCUCAAGUGCGACGUGCCCGGCUGCGGCUGGAUCGGCGCCGGCGCCGCAGAGGCGAGCAAGCACAUGAAGGAGACGGGUCACUCGGCCCUGAGCGAGAUGCAGAUCACUUAG